UAGUCACUGAUUUUCUUUUCAGAUAUAAAUUGGGUACACAAUGUUGGUACCAUUAUUUACCUUAAAUCUCAACCAGAAGAUCUUGCCAGCACGUGUGACUAUUGGCAAAUAUGAUGGUGCUCAUGCAUGCCUUACUGCAUCAACUACUUCAGAUAAGGUGUUUAUACAUAAUCCAUAUCAACGGCUUGGCAUCUCAGGAGGUCGUAUGUCUCUUAGUCAAAGCAGCUCUGAAGUGUCGUUGCUCAACAUUAACCAGACUGUAUCAGCUGUCACUGCAGGACGCCUUUCCCAGAGCAGGACAGGUGACAUACUUGUAGUGGGAACACCUACAAAUGUGUUGGCCUAUGAUGUCCAGAACAAUGCUGAUGUUUUCUACAAGGAUGUAUCUGAUGGAGCGAAUGCCAUUACCAUUGGACAUUUAGGUCGAAAUCCAUUACCAUUGGCACUUAUUGGGGGUAACUGCUCCAUUCAUGGCUUUGAUGGUGAUGGCAAUGAUCCUUUUUGGACUGUGACAGGAGACAAUGUGUCUUCUAUCACUCUGACUGAUUUUGAUGGUGAUGAUGAAAAUGAGCUUUUGGUGGGUUCCGAGGACUUUGACAUAAGAGUGUUCAAGCGUGAAGAGAUACUGUUUGAAAUGUCAGAAACUGAGGCAGUGACAGCUUUAUGCCCAAUGCAUGGUUCUAGAUUUGGAUAUGCACUUGCUAAUGGAACUGUUGGAGUUUACGAAAAGAUAUCAAGGUGGUGGAGGAUAAAGUCCAAAAAUCAGGCAAUAGCUAUCUACAGUUAUGAUAUUGAUGGGGAUGGUGUUCCAGAGUUGAUUACAGGAUGGAGCAACGGGAAGGUAGAUGCUAGAAAUGACCGGAGUGGAGAGGUUGUCUUUAAGGCAAAGCAUGCGGCAGUGGUAUGGGGAGCUGUACAACCUUAAUAAGGAUCUCAUCAGCGGAUACAAGAUCCGAUGCAACAACCAUCAGGAGCUCCUAAGCUGCCUCAAGCAGGUCAAUCAGACCAUUCAAAAAGCAGGAAGACUUAGAGUUGGAAAGUCGAAGACCGUAGUUGUCAGCGCCUGCAGACAAGCUAUAAAAAGCAACAACAUCAACGCACUCACAAAGAUUAUUCGUUCUGGAACAACCUGAAAUAACUACAGUCAUAAAAGGUUCAUAAAUUGUUAUAUAUUAUAACAUUAGGAUUUUUAAAUGAAUGUAAUAGGCAGUAACAUAUACAUAUGUUAUGAAAAUGGUACAGAAGCACAGUAUUAUUAGUAGAAUAUAUGAUUUUUAAAGCACAUUGAGUAACCCCUGGAUGGGAUGAGCUCUUUCAGGUAGGAUAAUCCCCUGAGCCUUCCAGGGACUAGAAGGGCUUGGCAUAGACACUUACGGCUUCAACGUCAUGUGGAUAUGUGGAUGGCUGGUCACGGGACAUUGAUCCCCUGAGGUGUAUAUUACAGGUUCGGGUUUAAAAUCUUGUCAGUCAAAUGCUCCAAGCUGGAAAGCAGUUGAUGUUAGGGAUGUGUCAAAGUUGACAAACUUGGUAAUGGUUGUGUGUGCCUCUAGUGUUGG